GAACUGGAGGCGCAUUCUCGCGGGAUCGCUCAGCUCUCGCUCUCCGUGCGGCUACCCAGGCAGCGGGCGUCCCCGACACCCCCGGAGCGGUCUCAGGUCGCGGGGGUAUGGUGGGCAGGAAGGGAACGGGGAGGGAGGGAGAGCUGCCUUCGACCCGCCGCCCGAGUAAUUGAUGUGGAACUCAUUUUUAGGAAAAGAACUUCUUUCAAAAUGGUAAAAUAAUGAAAUGAGGAAUUUGAACAUUUUAUCUUUGGAUGGAAAUCUGAGAAUGAAAAGAGCGAUUAAUCCAAGCCAUGUGGUAAAAGCAGGAAUUUGAAGAAAAUGGAAAUGUUUACAUUUUUGUGGACAUGUGUUUUUCUACCCCUCAUAAGAGGGCACAGUCUUUUCACGUGUGAACCAAUUAUUGUUCCCAGAUGUAUGAAAAUGGCCUACAACAUGACAUUUUUCCCUAAUCUGAUGGGUCAUUAUGACCAGAGUACUGCUGCUGUAGAAAUGGAGCUUUUUCUUCCUCUUGCAAAUCUGGAAUGUUCACCAAAUGUCGAAACUUUCCUUUGCAAAGCUUUUGUACCAACCUGCACAGAGCAAAUCCAUGUAGUUCCACCUUGUCGUAAAUUUUGUGAAAAAGUAUAUUCUGAUUGCAAAAAAUUAAUUGACACUUUUGGGAUCCAAUGGCCCGAGGAACUAAAAUGUGACAGAUUACAAUACUGUGAUGAGACUGUUCCUGUAACUUUUGAUCCACACACACAGUUUCUUGGUCCUCAGAAGAAAACAGAAGAAAUCCAAAGAGACAUUGGAAUUUGGUGUCCAAGGCAUCUUAAGACUUCAGGGGGACAAGGCUAUAAGUUUCUGGGAAUUGACCAGUGUGCACCUCCAUGCCCCAACAUGUAUUUUAAAAAUGAUGAGCUAGAGUUUGCAAAAAGUUUUAUCGGAAUAGUUUCCAUAUUUUGUCUUUGUGCAACUCUGUUCACAUUCCUUACUUUUUUAAUUGAUGUUAAAAGAUUCAGAUACCCAGAGAGACCAAUUAUAUAUUACUCUGUCUGUUACAGCAUUGUAUCUCUCAUGUACUUUAUUGGAUUCUUACUAGGCAAUAGCACAGCCUGCAAUAAGGCCGAUGAGAAGCUAGAAAUUGGUGAUACAGUUGUUCUAGGCUCUCAAAAUAAGGCUUGUACCGUUUUGUUUAUGUUUUUGUAUUUUUUCACAAUGGCUGGCACUGUGUGGUGGGUGAUUCUUACCAUUACUUGGUUCUUAGCUGCAGGAAGAAAGUGGAGUUGUGAAGCCAUUGAACAAAAAGCAGUGUGGUUUCAUGCUGUUGCAUGGGGAAUACCAGGUUUUCUGACCGUUAUGCUUCUUGCUAUGAACAAAGUUGAGGGAGACAACAUUAGUGGAGUUUGCUUUGUCGGCCUUUAUGACCUGGAUGCUUCUCGUUACUUUGUCCUCUUGCCAUUGUGCUUUUGUGUGUUUGUAGGGCUGUCUCUUCUUUUAGCUGGCAUUAUUUCCUUAAAUCACGUUCGACAAGUUAUACAACAUGAUGGCCGGAACCAAGAGAAACUAAAGAAAUUUAUGAUUCGAAUUGGAGUCUUCAGUGGCCUGUAUCUCGUGCCAUUAGUGACACUUCUUGGGUGUUACGUCUAUGAGCAAGUAAAUAGGAUUACCUGGGAGAUAACUUGGGUCUCUGACCAUUGUCGUCAGUACCACAUCCCAUGUCCUUAUCAGGUAAAAACAGAAAGUCGACCAGAAUUGGCUUUAUUUAUGAUAAAAUAUCUGAUGACAUUAAUUGUUGGCAUCUCUGCCGUCUUCUGGGUUGGAAGCAAAAAGACAUGCACAGAAUGGGCUGGGUUUUUUAAACGAAAUCGCAAGAGAGAUCCAAUCAGUGAAAGUCGAAGAGUACUACAGGAGUCGUGUGAGUUUUUCUUAAAGCACAAUUCUAAAGUUAAACACAAAAAGAAGCACUAUAAACCAAGUUCACAUAAGCUGAAGGUCAUUUCCAAAUCCAUGGGAACCAGCACAGGAGCUUCAGCAAAUCAUGGCACAUCUGCUGUAGCAAUCACUAACCACGAUUACUUAGGGCAAGACACUUUGCCAGAAAUCCAAACCUCUCCAGAAACGUCAGUGAGGGAAGUGAGAGAAGAUGGAAUGAGCACCCCCAAAUCAAGAGAACAGGUCUGUGAGGAACCUGCCACACCAGCAGUAUCCAGCUCCAAACUCUGUGGGGAACAGGCCGACCGGAAGGGCCGGGCAGGCAAUGUGAACGACAAGAGCAGUGUAUCUGAAAGUGGGCAGAGUGAAGGAAGGGUAACUCCAAAAAGUGAUGUUACUGCAGCUGGCCUGGUCCAGAGCAACAACUUGCAGGUCCCCAGUUCUUCAGAGCCAAGCAGCCUGAAAGGCUCCACCUCACUGCUCGUUCACUCAGCUUCAGGAGCUAGAAAAGAGCAGGGCACUGGCAGUCACUCAGAUACUUGAAAACCAGGUUAUCCCGUUACUUGGAAGUGGAUUUGUGUUACACUGGAGGUGACCAAUACAUGGUCUUAUAAGACUCACUAUUGCAUUCUUCUUUUGCACUUAGAACUACAUUGCCUGCUGUUAUACUGGAAACAAUAGAUUCCGAGA